GAAAGUUGAACAGUUGACUAAACGACCUGUUAGACAAAAUUAAUUCAACUAGCUGGUAGUCUAGUCAUCGUCAAUUUAUUUUCCUACCGUUCUUGUUGUAAACUAGAUAAAUUUGCUUAGGUACUAAGCCGAUAGUUUUAAUUUUUUUUAGUAUAUGUAUAAACUCAGUUAGGAUCAUGUCGACUGAAGGUAAACCCGACCCGUUGAAAUAUUUCAUUGCCGGUGGAUUUGGUGGAAUAUGUACAGUGUUAACGGGCCAUCCGUUAGAUACAAUAAAAGUUAGAUUGCAGACAAUGCCUCCCGUGCAACCAGGUAAAUUACCCAUGUACACUGGUGCAUGGAAUUGCGCUGUAAAGACUGUUAAAAAAGAAGGCUUUUUCGGAUUAUACAAAGGUAUGGCAGCACCGAUUACCGGUGUAGCUCCUAUAUUUGCAAUAAGUUUUUUAGGAUUUGGAUUAGGAAAAAAAGUAUUUGCUCCUAGUGGCGAAAGCGGUGAAAAUUUGACUCCGGCACAAUUAUUCUGUGCCGGAUCGUUCUCCGGAAUAUUCACUGCAAUUAUUAUGGUACCCGGGGAACGCAUCAAGUGCAUAUUGCAGGUACAGGAGAGCGGUAACCAGAAAUAUAAAGGACCAAUUAGUGUUAUUAAAAAUCUCUAUGCUGAAGGUGGCGUUAGAAGUCUGUACAAGGGCACAUGUGCGACAUUACUUAGAGACAUUCCUGCUUGCGGUGUGUAUUUUACGACCUAUGAGUUAUUAGUGAAUUACCAAAAAUUGAACAACGACGGUAAAACGAACAUGUUAAACACAAUACUUGCUGGAGGUAUGGCUGGCAUACUGAACUGGUUAGUGGCUAUGCCAGCUGACGUACUCAAGAGUCGACUACAAACUGCACCCGAAGGCAUGUAUCCAAGAGGUGUUAGAGAUGUAUUUGCCAAAUUGUAUCGUGAAGAAGGACUGAGAGCGCUUUAUGCUGGAGUGACACCCGUCAUGCUCAGAGCGUUUCCUGCAAACGCUGCGUGUUUCUUAGGCGUUGAAUUCGGACUGAAAACGUUAAACUUCUUCUUUCCGCCAACAUUGGCUAUCGACGAAUCUCUUUAAGACCUAUUGUUGUUAACCUUUAUAUUAUUUAGUCCGACUCUGAACUACUAUAUGUAAUUAGGUAUUAUUUUGAAGUAUUCAUUUUGGCCAUUGUUUACUAGGUUAAGUGUUUACGGGUUAUUGAUUUGUAUACAGUAUUUAUCAUGGUGAAAAUUGUAUGUAUUACGUAUAUAAUACAUAUACAUAAGUAUAAAGGUAUACCUUUAAUACAAAGGGACUGCGCUUUGUCAAAAUAUAUAUCUAUAUUGUAAGUUAAUAUUAGAACAUAGACUAAGGUAUUAUGAAAUUUUUAUUGUGAUUUUUUUAAAUUAUUGUUAUUUUUAUCUUAUUAAAGUAUUACUGAGCGAUUAAUUAACUAUGAGCCAAUAAGUGUUUGUAAUGAUUAAAUUAUAUUAACAUUUUUUUGUAGUCCAUCUAGAAAAAAUAAU